AAGCAAUCUUAUCUCGCGCUCCUCUCAUUUUCCCCUUUAAGUCUCUUCUUUUUCUUUAAGUCUCUAUAAAAAUGGCCGCCGCUGAUGUUGAGUACAGAUGUUUCGUCGGUGGGCUUGCAUGGGCCACAUCCGACCGGUCACUUGAAGAAGCUUUCUCUCAGUACGGAGAGAUCAUCGAUUCGAAGAUUAUUAAUGAUCGUGAGACUGGCAGAUCUAGGGGAUUUGGUUUCGUUACCUUCAAGGACGAGCAGUCAUUGAGAGACGCAAUUGAAGGGAUGAACGGUCAGAGCCUUGACGGACGUAACAUUACAGUCAAUGAGGCUCAGUCUCGCAGUGGUGGAGGCGGAGGCGGUGGUCGCCGUGAAGGAGGUGGUGGAUACGGAGGAGGUGGUCGCCGUGAAGGAGGCGGUGGUGGUUAUGGAGGUGGUGGAUACGGUGGAGGCCGUGACCGUGGAUACGGUGGCGAUGAUGGUGGAUCUCGUUACUCAAGGGGAGGCGGUGGUUCGGAAGGCAACUGGAGGAAUUAGAUAAUAGACGUUUAGGUGCAAGUUUUAUUGAUCUUCGUUCCAUGUUCGAUUUCCGUUGUCUGCAUUAGGGGUAAGGGUAAGGGUGGUGGCAAUGGUUGUCAUUUGCUAUCGUGUUCUUCGUUUUUGACCUGUUGUCGGGUAUCUGUUCUCUUUGAUAUUUGGAUCUCAUUGUAAACACGAUGAUUCUCCCAAAAAUUGAAUCGGUUGAAUUUAAUGAUGAAUUGGAUGACAGUUAUUUCAAA